AUGAAAUAUUAUUUUAUUGGGUUUAUUUUACUUAUAUUUUUAAAUCAAAAUGUUUUCUGCAAUAAACUUUUUACAGAAAUAAUUUAUCAAAAUAAAUUUAUAAGUUGGGCAAAUGAAAACAACAAAUUUUAUGAAACUUUAGAUUUUAAAAAAAGAUAUGAAAUAUUUAAAUAUAAUAUGGAUUUUAUUUACUCUUGGAAUAAAGGAAAUUCACAAACAAUUCUAGGUUUAAACAAAUAUGCAGACCUAUCAAACGAAGAGUACAAAUCUUUAUUUUUGGGUUCAAAUAUUAAAACUCAAAACUAUAUAAGGAUAAACUCCUCAAGAUAUGAUAUUCCCACAACAUUUGAUUGGAGACUUAAAGGAGCUGUUACCCCAGUGAAAAACCAAGGUUUUUGUAAUUCUGGUUAUGCAUUUAGUGCUAUUGGAUCACUCGAAAGCUCAAAUAAAAUAGAGAACGGUCAAUUAAUAAGGUUAUCUGAACAAAAUCUAAUAGAUUGUAGUGGUUCUGAAGGAAAUAGAGGGUGUGAUGGAGGAACAGUUGUUAACUCUUUUAACUAUCUAUUUAAACACCAAAAUGGAAAAAUUCCAAAAGAAAGUUCAUACCCUUAUGAAGCCCAAAAAAGUAAAUGUAGAUUUAAAGAUCAGUUUAUUGGAGCAACUUUAAAUAAUUUUGCCAAUUUAAUUAGUGAUGAGAGUACUAUCCAAAAUGCAGUUGCUACUAAAGGACCAGUUUCUGUGGCCAUUGAUGCAUCAUCUAUUUUCUUUCAAUUAUAUUUUGGUGGUGUUUAUGAUGAUCUUUUCUGCUCCAAUAUAUAUACCAAUCACUUUGUAUUAAUUGUUGGAUAUACUGAAAACUAUUGGAUUGUAAAGAAUUCAUAUGGAGAAGAUUAUGGUAUUGAUGGUUAUAUAUAUAUGAAGAAAGGAAAAAACCUUUGUGGUAUUGCCAACAACCCAACAAUCCCAAUUAUAAUUUAA